AUGCCGCCGUCCGUACCUGCUCCGGCCCGGCGCAUCCCGGUAGAGCCGCUGACGCCGGCCGCCUUCUCGCCCUUCGGCACCGUCAUCGAGAACCCAGUGCGGACGGGGUCACCGCAGCCCGGCGGCGGCCUGCAGACAGUGACUGCCAACCAGGGCACGGCACUCAAGUACCUGGACGUCACACACAUGACGGAUUUCUAUCAGCUGGCAGCGAGCGGCAAGCCUGCCAAGGCCGUCAUGAACAUGUUCGUGUGCUCGCCGCGCCAGCUGCGCCACGACGUCUUCGACGUGUCCAUCCUCGAGCGCCACCCCUUCACGUCGCAGACGUUUAUUCCCAUGGGCCAGGCCGCCUCUGACGCCUCGACGCAGUAUCUGGUCAUCGUCGCCCCGACGCUGCCGGCCCACGCCACGGCGCAGCAGAAGCGGCCGCCGCCCUUCCCUACGCCGGAGCCGCGGAGACGCCGCUCGCUGCGUGACAUCUUCUCGCGCGCGCGUCCCUCGCCCUUUACCAACGAAGCAGCGCCGCCUUCGCCUUCGGCAACGAGGCAGCCAGCACCGGUGCCGCCGCCAAAGGGCCCUGGGCUGCCGGACCUCAGCAACGCCAGGGCAUUCAUUGCCAAGGGAAACCAGGCCGUGACUUACGGCGCCGGCACCUGGCACGCGCCAAUGUGCGUUUUGGGUGCCGACGACAUUGACUUCGUCGUCGUGCAGUUUGCCAACGGCGUGGGCAUUGAAGACUGCCAGGAGGUAGAGCUGAAGGCGGCCGAUGGGACCGAAGGGCUGACGGUGCCAAUUGGUGAGAGCACCGUGCCGGGGAUCGUGGUAAAGGCGAGACUCUAA